UUGAAAUAGCCUAUAUUUUAGCUGUUGCAAACGUAGCCCUCUUUUAUGUAUUUACAUUAGGUCAAUCCGUGACAGCUGGCUAUCGCUGACAGCUAUCAGGGGAAAUAAACAACUGUUGCUGCAUCCACACCCCGAUAAGAGAAGUUGUCACAGAACUAUUCACGCUAGAGCGCUCCCAGAGAAUUCUUUCUUUUCCGGGUUGUCAUUUUCUUGGACUGUGGGUGGGAAACUAAACAUCAGUUGGGGAAAAACAGGAUUGACUGGUUUGCAUAGAAAUGGAUGACGGUGUCGUAGUUUGUGAAGCUCCUUAGCAGAAUUACAUCACACCAGUGUAUAGGAAGGUUUUUUUUUCUGAAACUUUGUGAACGACUCAAUUCUUGUGCGAGGGCACUGGCACCGGCUGAGGACUGUUUUUGUGAAGACGAUAACACGAGGAAAACUUCUAAAUGUUUCAGCGAUGGCUGCCAAGGCCCAAGUGUUAUACGACUUUACCGCUGAACCUGGCAACAAUGAGCUGACUGUUAGAGAAGGAGAGACCCUCACUGUGAUCAACCAGAAUGUAGGUGGAGGCUGGAUAGAAGCUCAGAACUCCAGAGGAGACAGUGGACUCGUGCCCGAAGAUUACUUGGAGCUGAGUGGAGCACAGACAGCCACUGCCUAUACGAGUACCUACAGUCAGGCAGCUGCAAACAACACACAGGUUGCCAAUGGCAAUGACCCAAGGUCUGGAGGCGGAGCUUAUACUACUGACACAGCCGGAGGAUGGGACCAGCAGACCACAGGUGGAGGUGAGGAUGAUGAUGGUGAGUGGGAUGAUGAGUGGGAUGAUGACAGGUCCACGGGGGGCUACACUGACACCCACGGGGAGGAGGAGCCAGGGGCCAUGGGGCGCAACACACAGUCCUCCACCAUGAAGAUAUCACGCAACAAGUUUCCCUUCUCUAAGACUCCUAACCCAGAAGUGUUCCUGCUAGGAAGCCUCCCAGCCAGAGGCAAAGACAGACUGCCCAUCUACAUGGGGGAGGUGGGCCCGGUGUGGCUCUACCCUCAGUCUCCUCUGGACUGUGUCGUUGCCGACCCCAAGAAGGGCUCCAAGAUGUACGGCCUGAAGAGCUACAUCGAGUACCAGGUCACCCCUAAUACAACCAAUCGACCUGUCAAUCACAGGUAUAAGCACUUUGAUUGGCUGUACGAGCGUCUGCUGCACAAGUUUGGUUCGGCCGUCCCCAUCCCCUCCCUCCCUGACAAACAGGUCACAGGUCGUUUUGAGGAGGAGUUCAUCAGGAUGAGGAUGGAGCGCCUGCAGGGCUGGAUGAACCGCAUGUGUCGCCACCCGGUGGUCUGCAGCAGCGAGGCGUUCCAGCUCUUCCUCACCUACCGAGACGAGAAGGAGUGGAAGAUGGGGAAGAGGAAAGCAGAGAAAGAUGAGAACAUUGGCCCCAUGAUCUUCUCCUUCAUAGACCCUGAUGCUCCAGACAUGGAACCCCAUGAAGUGGAGCAGAAAUGUGAGAUGUACAGUAGAUUCACCAAGGCCAUGGAUGAUGGGGUGAAAGACCUGCUCAAUGUCGGGCAGGUGCACUGGAAACGCUGCACUGGGCCUUUGCCCAAGGAGUACCAGAGAAUUGGCAAGGCCUUUCAAAACCUGUCUUCAGUCUUCAACACCAGUGGAUAUAAAGGAGAGGCUACAUUGACAGACGCACUGACAGCUGCAGGGAAAACGUACGAGGAAAUUGCACUGAUAGUGGCUGAACAGCCAAGGAGAGAUCUGCAUUUCCUGAUGGAGACCAACAAUGAGUACAAGGGUCUGCUGGGCUGCUUCCCUGACACCAUAGGAGUCCACAAGGCAGCGAUAGAGAAGGUGAAGGAGGGAGACAAAAUGGUGGCAGCUGGAAAGAUCAACUCCCAGGACAAGCUGACCAUGGCCAAACGCAUCAGCACCAUGUCUUACUCAUUACAAGCUGAGAUGAACCACUUUCAUAGCAACCGUAUCUAUGACUACAACCGAGUCAUGCAACUCUAUCUGGAGGAGCAGAUCAAGUUCUAUGACACGAUCGCUGAGAAGCUGAGACAAGCUUUGGGAAAGUUUACCACACUGUGAAGAAAAAGAAAUGCCCCAGUCUGAUACAUUUCACCCCCCACCCAUCUGGAACUCAGACUGAUGACAAGCUACGGUGUUCCCUGCUGCUACAUCAUCCUCACCCUCUUCAUCCUCACCCUCUUCAUCCUCACCCUCUUCAUCCUCAUCCUCUUCAUCCUCACCCUCUUCAUCCUCACCCUCUUCAUCCUCACCCUCUUCUCCCUCUCUGUCCCGUUCUUCCUGUUUUCCGGUCAGGUCAGGCCUCCAGCCUGGAGAGCUGCUCUGUCUACGGUCCAGGACUCUUACCUGUUUCAUGUUUGUGUCAAUAAGGGAGAGUGUGUAGGUGACUGAGCCACUUCAACCCCUCUCUCUCCUCCCUCCCCUCCUCCACUCCCCUCACCCCACCCCCACCUCUCCUCUCCUCUGACAAACAGCACACUGCUGGCAGUGUGCUUCCACCCCCCCUGCUCCUCUCCUCCCUCUCCUCCCCCUGAACCACCACAGUCCAGUUCACACAAACACACAGACACAAACACAUUUAGAGACACGUUUCACAUUCACUAACCUCUCUCUCUCUCUCUCUCUCUCUCUCUCUCUCUCUCUCUCUCUCUCUCUCCAUUGGAGCUCUCUUUGGUGGCCUUGCGCUGUAAGGGAAUUACAUUUUUUGUUUGUUGGGACCAAAUUAAUUAACAAACAUUUAAUAUAUGGCAACUAUGAUUUGAAAUAUGAUAUAAAUAUAUGUAUAAGGAAACCCAUAUAGUCUAGUUACAAAACUACUCUGUUGAUGGUUUCUUUUAUGAGUCUGCUAACAGUAAACUGUGUAAAUAUAACAGUAUGUAACAUUUUUUCACAAUCUGGGAAAAUAAAAUUUUAUUUGUAUCACU